UUUUGAUUUGAACUCGAAACUGGACACUGGACGGGCGCCGGCGCUCGAUGCAGAGGCUGGCCGCCGUGUGGUGAGUCAUGUCAAUCAACGUCUCCGCGGAGAGGCUGUCGCAAGCGGGCGCCCUAGUUUCCUUAUAUGGUGCGUAUUUUAAAGCGAUUCUGGCAGGUCUGGGACGACGAGUCGCCAGUCGCCCGUCGGUUGCCCGUCCGCCAUGUUCAUGUACGAGCCGCCGUCCAAGCUGCAGCUCAGCUCUGUGGAAGAGUUCCAGGAGGCGUUCCAGCUGUUCGACUCACGCGGCGACGGCAAGAUCCACGUGGCGCAGAUCGGAGAUGCGCUGCGCGCGCUCGGCCAGAACCCCACUGAGUCUGAUGUCAAGAAGUGCACUCUCCACCUGAAGCCUGAUGAGCGCAUCUCCUUCGAGGUCUUCCUGCCCAUCUACCAGGUAUUCUUCAUUCUACUGCCUACUACAUCCUGCAUUCUGUUAAAACUUGAUACUUGUAGGUAUAGAACAAAGUCUAAAAUUCAUGCCAGAUGGUUGAUUUUUUGCUAUUUUGGCAACUUUUGCCCAAUUGAAAUGAAUAUUGAAUGUGUUUACUCUUAAAUUUCACUCUGGUUA